CACCGUUGUCUUUAUUACCUGUUUGCCAUGAAUGAGACGGCUUCCUCCCUGUGCGCUGUCUCCGUCUACCUGAACCUUUGUGCCUCCUCUAAAGUCCUACUUCUGGUCCCUGGCUUUGGCUUGAACAUCUUCAUCUUGGUCUCCCUGGUGGCCAGUCUGCUCAGCAAGCGAAGCAAGAUAAGGAGCAAUGUGGCGAUGUUCAUCCUCGGAAGCACCGGCUGCAACCUCGUCAACCUGAGUCUGUGGCCCAUGACCAUUCACUGGAGGCAGCAUGGCCGCUGGCUGCUGGGCUCUCGUUUAUGUGAAGUCAUGGUGAGCGCCAAACACCUGACAAGCUCUGCUUCCUUUCACUACGUCUCCUUCAUUACCUUCUCUAUUUACCUGACAGUGGUGUGUGGCUGCAGGCAUCUAGUAAACAGCAGGGUUUUCUUGGCCAUGCAGCUUCUGUUCCCUCUCCUUCCUGUGGGGCUAAAGGAGCUGACCCUGUGGAUCCUGGGCAGCCAUGUGGAUCACCUGGAUCUUGUCAACCUCACUUGCUUCUCCUUCAUUAAUGACAAAGUCAUGAGGGUCCUCAUGUUGGUCAAGACUGUCGUCUUUCUGCCAUUAAGCCUGUAUUUCUAUGCUCACGUUCUACACACCAUCGUCCAGAGUGCUAAGCUGAUGCACAGGAGCCAGAGAGUCAAUGUGCACCUGGCCAAAGUGUUCAGCCUCAUAUCUCUUAUUACCUUCACAGCACAUAUACCUGGUGCUGUGUUUGCAUUGAUGGAGCACUCGUCUGUGUGUCAGGAGAUGGUCAGAGAUUUGCUGCUGGACCUGCCUUUACUCUCCAGUCCCAUAAUCCUGCUCUGUAUGAAUAAAGAGCUGAGGAACCAGUGUCUGCUACUGCUGCAGCGCAGCCAUGCCAAUCGCUUUAUGGGAAAAGAAUCUAUCAGCAAGACAGACGAGCAGCAAAAGAACUUGACUACUAGAGAAACUAUUGACCUCUAGAUCGUGAUGUAUACAUUUAUGAAGUAAAACUUUACCAGUUUUAGGCCAUUAUAUGCCUAGACUGUACGUUUAUAUGUGCAACCUCAAAGAACUUAGACUGCAGUAUAUUUCAGACUGUCAGGAUGACGUGAACUGAUUAAAAAAAAUAUAUAUUUCCUUGCUCCCCAAUAACUUGACCUCCAAUUUGUCAUUGAGGUGGAUACAUGUUUAAUUAUAAAAGACAAACAAACAGUAAAUAAAU